CCCGUCAAAGCGGCGGUAGGGUUGGAACUUGGAAGCAUCCUCGCCUUGCGCCGCGUCUCCCCCCCUCCCUUGGCUCUCACCGGUGGGGUUGGAGCGGAGGCUGCGCGCGCGGGAUUGGAAGCGGCGCGGUCGUCGGAGGUGCUCGCUGCUUGCGUCGGCUCCGCCGGGACGACUACUGUGGCUUCUUCCUUGAAGCACCUCCUCAAAAGUCUCACCGUGGCAUGACAGUAUAAUGAUUGUUAGAGCUCCUCAGAGGCUUCUGCUAAAGAGUCGACAUUGGUCAUUCGGUCUUUAGUAAAAUCAUGACAAGUGAUAAAGAAAAGGUUGCAAAGAAGGGUGGAGAGAUUUCUGGACUUCCAUCAGCGCCACAUGAAGGGGAAGCCAGCCAUGAGCCACAGAGACAACGGUUGCUCAACGGGAGGACCACUGGUCCAACCCGGCGUUCGACCAAAGGAAAUUGGACCCCCGAAGAGGAUGCUGUACUGUCCAAGGCAGUUCAGACUUACCAAGGAAAAAACUGGAAAAAGAUCGCGGAAUGUUUUCCAGACAGAACCGAUGUACAAUGUUUGCACAGGUGGCAAAAGGUUCUAAAUCCUGAAUUGGUCAAAGGGCCAUGGUCCAAAGAAGAAGAUGAUAUCAUUGUUCAGAUGGUAAACAAAUACGGGCCAAAGAAAUGGUCAACCAUUGCUCAAGCUUUGCCAGGAAGAAUAGGAAAGCAAUGUAGGGAACGGUGGCACAAUCAUCUUAACCCUGCCAUAAACAAGGAGGUGUGGACACAAGAGGAGGAAGUUACUCUCAUUCGUGCCCAUCAAAUGUACGGAAAUAAAUGGGCUGAACUGACAAAAAUUUUACCUGGAAGGACUGAUAAUGCAAUUAAAAAUCACUGGAACAGUUCAGUAAAGAAAAAAGUUGAUUCAUACAUUGCUUCAGGCUUACUUGCUCACAUCCCGUGCCUCCCUCUGAUUGAAUGCCCUGCACACUGUGAUUCCUCAUCCGCGAUAAACCGACAAAACAAUGAAGAUAGUUGUUGCAAUGCUACUGGGGAGGUAGAGGAUUCAUCUUGUUGUAGUCAAUCAUCAUUGGCCAAGAUUUCUUGCUCCCAAGUGCAGAACACUAACGUGGCUUUGAGCUGUGGUGUGCAAGUAAAUGUGGAUACCAAAAACAAAGAUGCACAGGACUCCCACUCCUCUAUAUGUCAGGGGGCAUGCUAUACUUCCACAGAGGCUGUAGCAUCUGCUUUGCCUGAUGUGCAUUACAAUAUUUCUUCCUCAAACUUUGAUCCAGAUAAACACUUGCAAAAUGAGUUUGAUCAAAGAAUGAAUCAGCAGAUGGAUAUGAAUGAAGUACCAAGUAAUUCUAUGUUUGCGGACAAGCAAACUUUUUGUAGCACAGCAAAUCAAGAAAGGUCUUUGGUACCAAAUGAAGCAGUACAGGAAAUGCCUAUCUCUACGUUAUCAAACGUUUCUGGUGCUGAGCAAAAACUGCAUUCAAUCUCUGAGGUUGACUGUCUGAAAUCUGACCUUUGGCAAGACAUUUCCUUACAAAGUCUGAUUUCAGGACCUGAUACUAUUGAUGCAGAUUCAUCUUCAAGAAUAAAUAAUCAGCCAGAUGUAUAUUCUUCUAAAGCAGACACCAAUUUUUUGGCAGAAUCGUACACAUUAUAUACAUCAAAUCCAUCUAGUGUGAUGUGGACUGUGUAUGAACAGAGUCCAUUGAUGACAAUAUCUCCCUCUUUUAUAUGUUCAGAUAGUUUGCCUGAUGCGCCUGAAAAUAGAUCCGAGCCAAGAGAGAUGCCAGAUUCUCAAGCAGAGACAAUCACAUGCUCAAACAAUUCUUUUGCUGAUGCUGAGCAGCUUGCUAAACCUGGCAGUAGUGAUGGAAGGACUGGGGCUUCGACAGUGAUGGAAAUCAUAACAGAAUGCGGGGACGAACUGUUGACAGAGGCUGAAGAAAUUGUGCCCAACACAGAAAAAGAACAAUCAUCGAAAGACAUUGAGACUGCACCAGAUGAAAAGAAGGAUGAGGGAGCCCUAUUCUACAAACCCCUUCCCUUUCCAGGUUUGGAUGAUCCUUUUGUCCGCUGCGAUCUUGUAACUCCUGAUGACCGGCAAGAAUAUAGUCCCUUUGGCCUUAGGCAGUUGGUGCUGUCAACCAUGAAUGUCCCCACUCCUUUAAGAUUAUGGGGCUCCCCAACACCUGAUGGAAGCCCUGAUGUUGUGCUAAAGAGUGCUGCCAAAAGCUUUGGAUGCACACCAUCAAUAAUGAAGAAAAGGCACAGAGAUAUAUUGUCUCCUACUCCAGAUAAAAGAAUAGAGAAGAAAUCUGGGACUGAAAAGGAUUGUAGGAUGUCAGACACGUCCUGUAACAGUACUGCAACAUAUUCCAGUAAUGCCACCAAAGAUGAUCUUCCAGACAAUUUACAACCUGCAGGUAUUCUUAUUGAACACAACAGCAAUAACUUCAUUUCCCUUGAUGGUGGUGCAAACACCAUAUGUUUACCAGCCUGUAAGGAAGUAAUUAGUUCUAAAUCAAAGCCUGCGGAGCUAAUUGUUGAAAAAUCAUCACCAUGCAUCAAUGCGGAUUACAAAUAUUUAGCUACUGACAUAUUGGGGGAUACCCCAGGUGUCAAAAGAGGACUGGAAUCUCCUUCAGCAUGGAAAUCCCCUUGGUACUUCGAUAUGCAUAUGCACUUUCAGGGUUUUAGCCCAGGAGAUAGAACAUUUGAUGCGUUAGGGUUAGCGAAGCAGACAAGUGUUCUCAGUGUUGCUGCUGUGGCGGAGGCCGGUGAUGUGCUAGGAAGUGGCAGCAGGAACUCUGAUAAGGAAAACAAGGAGAAUAUUGACGCCAAGAAGGAACAAGGAACAAGCAAAUUGCAGACCAAAAUCAUGGCCGAGGGGAGAGUCCUGGAUUUCAACGAAUGUACCACACCUGCAAGAACAGCAGAUAAGAAACUGGGCAACAAUCUGGGGAGAUCCGUGAGCUCACCCAUUCUUUCCUCCCACAGCCUGAAAAAUUUCCGAUAGUCUCAGCCUAGAAACUAGCUUCCAAAAAGGCAGCAGGAUCCGUGGACUGUUAAACAUCCGUAUCAUUCAAUUCAAUUUUAAUUUAUCAUUGGUUAACAGUUUAAA